GCCGCUCCCGCUACGGCCACACUGGCUGUGCGACUUCUAUGCAGUUUUCAAUAGGAAUUAGCGUGUACAUUUUCGCAAAUUAAUAGGCCAAAAAGAAGUCUCGGAGUUUCCUAAAAUGGGCAGCGCGCUGGAAAACUAUGUGAAUCAGGUGCGCACGCUGAGUGCAUCCGGAAGCUAUCGGGAGCUGGCCGAGGAGCUGCCGGAGACGCUAUCCCUGCUGGCCCGCAACUGGAGCAUCCUGGACAACGUGCUGGAGACCCUCGACAUGCAGCAGCACUCGCUGGGCGUGCUCUAUGUGCUCCUGGCGAAGCUGCACAGUGCAUCCACCGCGAAUCCGGAGCCGGUGCAGCUCAUCCUGCUGAUGCGGGACUUUGUGCAGCGCAACAAUGCGGAGCAGCUGCGGUUUGCCGUGUGCGCCUUCUACGAAACAUGCCAUCUGUUCACCGAGUUUGUGGUCCAAAAGAACCUCAGCAUCGUGGGCAUACGGAUCCUUUCGCGCGCCAUCGACCAGAUCCGACAGUUGGACACCCAGCUAACGCCCAUCCAUGCCGAUCUCUGCCUGCUCAGUCUGAAGGCGAAACACUUCAGUGUGGUGCUGCACUAUCUGGACACGGACAUCACGGACAUCUCCACCGUGGCCGCCGAGUGCAAGACGCAGCAGCAGCAGCAGUCCCAGCACACGGUGGAUGCCAACAACGAUGCCAAGUACUUCUUGCUGUAUUACUACUACGGCGGUAUGAUCUACACGGCGGUGAAGAACUACGAACGUGCCCUGUACUUCUUCGAGGUCUGCAUCACCACUCCAGCCAUGGCCAUGUCGCACAUCAUGCUGGAAGCCUACAAAAAGUUUCUCAUGGUUUCACUCAUCGUUGAGGGCAAGAUAGCGUAUAUACCAAAAAACACACAGGUUAUUGGCCGUUUCAUGAAGCCGAUGGCCAAUCACUACCACGACCUGGUCAAUGUGUACGCCAAUUCGUCCAGCGAAGAGCUGCGCAUCAUCAUACUCAAGUACAGUGAAGCAUUUACGCGUGAUAACAACAUGGGUCUGGCCAAGCAGGUGGCCACAUCCUUGUACAAGCGGAACAUCCAGCGGCUAACGAAAACCUUCUUGACCCUCUCCCUAAGCGAUGUGGCCAGUCGUGUCCAGCUGUCCAGUGCAGUUGAAGCAGAGCGUUACAUCCUCAACAUGAUCAAAUCGGGUGAAAUUUAUGCCAGCAUUAAUCAAAAGGAUGGCAUGGUGUUGUUCAAAGAUGAUCCAGAGAAAUACAAUUCUCCAGACAUGUUCCUCAACGUGCAAACGAACAUAACUCAGGUUCUGGAACAAGUUAAACAAAUCAACAAAAUGGAGGAGGAGAUUAUAUUGAACCCUCUGUAUGUGAAAAAGGCACUUGGCAGCCAGGAUGAUGAUCUUACGUCGCAGCAUCCAAAGACUUUCUCGGGCGAUCCCACAGAUUGAUGAUGCCACCGCCGCAAAUCCACCAGAAGCAGCCUGCUGCUUUCAUUUCUACGCUCAUCCAAUCCCCAACAUCGUUUUCCACAUCUUGUCGCAGCAGCGAGGCCCUGGGCCCGAAAGCUGAGGACUCCUGCAGUCCGUACUCAUCCAGCUACCACAACAACAAACUGCGCUCUAAUUGCAAAUUUAUAGAUGAACAUGCUAUUUUAAAUAAACUAUGUAUAAAUCUAUGACUAA